AUGGAACAUAGAAGAUUGCGCAAAGGGCCGCUGCCUGGAGGUCGUCAGGGCGCGUCUGGAGCUGGCGCUGGACGCGACAGCAUGCGAACCGCCAGCCGAGCGCGAGGUGCUGCACGACCACCCAGCAGCCCCUCGCAUCCAUCAUCCCCACCAGCUUGCUUGGUGUCGGCAGGGUCUUCGCAGGCCCAGCAAUCGGCACCCGCCACUGGUGGAGUACGCCGCAUGCGAUGGACCAUCAAUAUGAAUUCAAACGCAUUGCGGGCGUAUUUUAGGGCGAAAGGGGGAGAAAUUGGAGGUUUCGCGUAUCGGGCUAGGAUGCAUCGUCUUUUUACUGAGCUGGAGCCAUCUAUUACUGUCACCGAGCAAAACCUGGCAGACCGAGUUCGGUAUAUCUUACGCUCAAAUAUAUUUGAUGGCGCCGAACUCGAACGGCUACGACGUGAGGCUGUUCCCUCAUCAAAUGAAAACGCUACGGCUGAGGGUGCGGUGCCACAAGUUGCAGAACAACCCGCACACGUGGAUGCCGCCGAGAAUACCCCAGUGGUUGCUGAUUCAAAUGAUGAUGGAACAUUCACCCAGGAACUAGAAAUAGAGCAAAUGAGGAGUACAUUGGAAGAGGCGAUUAUGGAAACGCGCAGUACGCCUCUCGAAAAUCGACCGCGACUUCCCCGCAUAGCCCUAAGCAAGCGGAAUCGGGCUGUCGUGAGGGCUCUGAACCCAAUGCUGGUGACCUAUUUGGAAGCCAGCCGGGACCUUUGCGAGACGGACUCAAUUCUCUUUGGCGCCGCACUGGCAGUCUGCCGUAUUAUAGGCGCCAAACUUUCCACGGCUGGACGCACUACUGGACAAAGUAGUGCUAUCCCAGCCUGGAGAACAAGAAUUGAAGAACGUAUCGCAAAGACUAGGGCCCUCAUCGGCAGACUGAUAUGCUUCAGGUCAGGCAAUACCAGGCCAAGGAUUGUGCGCACCGUCAGGAUGGCGUUUGCUGGGACAAAUGUUAGUUUGUCCCAGCCGGAUAUAAUGCAAAAACUGACGGAGCGCAUAGACGACCUGAAGCAGAGAAUCGCUGCUUGGGGAAAGCGAAUUCGGCGAUAUACCGAGAGGUCGACACGGUUCAACCAGAAUCGUCUCUUCCAGAGUGAUCAGAAGAGGCUCUAUAAAUCAUUGGAGCGACCAAUGGUAAGUGGAACGGGCCCAGUACCGAAUCAGGCCGACACGGUCGCAUUCUGGCGCAGCCUGUGGUCAGAGCCCGUAAACCACAACGAGGGCCCUUGGACGGAAGUUGUGGCGAGUCAGUGUGCGGGUAUUACGCCCAUGGACCCCGUCACCAUAACGCCGGAUGACGUAGCUGAGGCGGUCCGUAGGGCCCCGAACUGGAAAAGUCCGGGACUCGACGGGCUGCAUCACUACUGGCUGAAGGGGUUCGUGGUGUGUCACACUGUGCUCGCCCGACAGUUUCAAGAGGUUCUCAACCAGAAGUCGCUCCCGAGCCUCUUCACUACUGGGAUCACCCAUUUGGUUCCUAAAGGCCAGAGUACCACAGACCCGAGCAAAUACCGCCCCAUCACAUGUCUACCGACCAUAUAUAAGACACUAACAUCCAUUUUGAGCGCGAGAAUCACUCGUCACCUGGACUCAAAUCAGGUGAUGUCGCGCGCUCAAAAUGGAUGUCGGGGGCGGCGGUCGUGGAACCAAGGAACCACUCCUCAUUGA